CUUGCCAGGACCCCACCCACUCCCCUCUGAUCAUGGCAGAUGCGGGAAGUUACCAAGCCGGUUUCGGCCCCAGGAUGUGGCAGCAAUGUGCCCUGCUCUUGUCCCUGUCCCUGCUACCAGUGGUAUCUGGAGAAGCUGACUCCAAGGGUGUCACCACCAGUCUCACCACCAAGUGGGCCUCUACCCCUCUGCUGCUGGAGGCCAGUGAGUUCCUGGCAGAAGAGAGUCAGGAGAUGUUCUGGGAUUUCGUCGAAGCAAAUCAGAACAUCAAAGGGGAACAUGAUGAUACAGACCAGGCGUACUACGACCUGAUCGUGAAGAGAGCCAGUACUCUGCUCAGUACAGUCCAACUCAACAUGCUCAAGUUCGCCCUCUCUCUCAGGGCCUACUCUGCUACUGUACACUCCUUCCAACAAAUAGCGUCCAACGAGCCCCCUCCCUCUGGCUGCUCAGCCUUCUUCAAUGUCCACGGAGAGAAGUCAUGUGACACGGAGAAACUGGCUGCACUGAUGGAGACCGCAGCAGAACGGUACAAACACACUGGGACACUCAAACACACUGGGACACUCAAACACGCUGGGACACUCAAACACGCUGGGACACUCAAACACGCUGGGACACUCAAACACGCUGGGACACUCAAACACGCUGGGACACUCAAACACGCUGGGACACUCAAACACGCUGGGACACUCAAACACGCUGGGACACUCAAACACGCUGGGACACUCAAACACGCUGGGACACUCAAACACACUGGGAGACACCCACACAGAAACUAUGUGUAUAAGAGACAGGGACUGGCCACCUAUGUGCUUCGUCACUACCUGGCUUCUCCCAGCAGUCGUAGAGUGUAUUUGUCUGGUUAUGGAGUGGAGCUGGCCAUCAAGAACCAGGAAUACAAGGCUAAGGACGAUACGCAGGUCCAGGGAGCGGAAGUGAAUGCUACACUGAUGGGGGAGAAUGACCCAGUGGAUGAGGUCCAGGGAUUCCUCUUUGGAAAACUGAAGACUCUGUACCCUGAGUUGAAGGAGCAGCUGAAGGAGCUAAGGAAACACCUGGUGGAGAGCACCAAUGAGAUGGCUCCCCUUAAAGUCUGGCAGAUGCAAGAUCUGAGUUUCCAGACUGCAGCUCGGAUCCUGGCUGCUCCAUCUUCAGAUGCCCUGAAUGUCAUGAGAGACCUCAGUCAGAACUUCCCUACCAAGGCUAGGUCCAUCACUAAAACAGUGGUCAGCUCUGAGAUACGUAAAGAGAUGGAAGAGAACCAGAAGUUCUUUAAGGGAACUCUGGGAUUGCAGCCUGGAGACUCUGCUCUCUUCAUCAACGGACUACACAUAGACCUGGACACACAGGACAUCUUCAGUGUGUUUGAGGUUCUCCGUAGUGAGGCCAGGGUGAUGGAAGGUCUGCGGUCUCUCCUUAUCGAGACUCCCUUCAUCCACGACAUCCUCAAACUCAACGUACAGCCUUCUGACUCGGACUACGCUGUGGACAUCCGCAAUCCUGCUAUCAACUGGAUUAAUAACCUGGAGACAGACAGCAGGUACGGCUCAUGGCCUUACAGCGUCCAGGAGCUCCUCAGACCUACCUUCCCCGGAGUCGUGCGACAGAUCCGGAAAAACUUUCACAACCUUGUGGUGAUUCUGGACCCAACCCAUGAGAGUUCUGCUGAGCUGUUGAAUGUUGCUGAGAUGUUCUACAGCAAUAACAUCCCACUCAGGAUUGGGCUGGUGUUUGUGGUGUCUGAUGUUGAUGAGAUAGAUGGUAUGGAGGAUGCAGGUGUGGCUCUGCUCCGAGCUUUUAACUACAUCACAGAAGAACUGGACGCUCCCGCCGCCUUCGACACCAUCAUCUCGAUGUUUAACCGUGUGCCUAGCGGUGGUAAGCUAAGUGUAGGUGAUGUAGUCAAGGUGUUGGAGAAGAAGUUUCCAUACGUGGAGGUCGGCAGCAUUCUUGGACCUGACUCCACUUAUGACGACAACCGGAAGGAAGGGCGUGGUUACUACUUGCAGACGGGUGUAGGUCCGUUGCCAGUGGUGAUGUACAACGGAAUGCCGUACCAGCGAGAACAGCUAGACCCAGAGGAGCUAGAAACUGUCACCAUGCACAAAAUACUGGAGACUACCAGCUUCUACCAACGGGCUGUCUACAUGGGUGAGCUGGCCACUGAUCAAGAUGUGGUGGAUUUCAUCAUGACCCAACCCAACGUUGUCCCUCGUAUCAACCCCCGAAUCCUGUCGACUGCCAGGACGUACCUGGACCUAUCUAAUACUAAUAACCAUUUCAUAGACCAGUACGCUCGCUUUCUGUUCCUGGACACCAGAGAGAAGAGCACUGCUGUGGCUAACAGCAUGAACUACAUGACCAAGAAGGGGAUGGCCCCCAAGGACCACCAUGAUGAUGGCUACAUCCGUCCAGUCACGUUCUGGGUUGUGGGAGAUUUUGACCAACCUUCCGGACGCCAGCUAUUAUACGAUGCCAUCAGACACAUGAAAACCAGUAACAACGUGCGAUUGGGCCUGAUCAACAACCCUAGCGACAGCCCAUCCAAGGAGAACAGUCAUGUUGCCAGGGCGAUAUGGGCCGCCAUGCAGACCCAGACAGCUAACAACGCUAAAAACUACAUCACCAAGCUGGUUAAAGAAGAGACCGCUAAGACACUGGAGACUGGGGCCGACGUCACACAGUUCACUGUCGGGGGUAUGGACGUUGCCUUGUUUAAGAGUGCGUUUGAAGGUCCUAAGUUUGACUUCCUGCUGUCUCACGCUGCCUACUGCCGAGACGUUCUCAAGCUGGGGAAAGGACAGAGAGCAGUCAUCAGCAACGGACGGCUCAUUGGUCCGCUAGAGGAUGGGGAGGUCUUUAACCAAGAUGACUUCCUCCUAUUGGAGAGUAUCAUUUUGAAGACCUCUGGAGAGCGAAUCAAAAGCAAGGUCCAGCAGUUUGGGGUGGAGGAGGACAGGGCCAGUGACCUGGUGAUGAAGAUUGACUCUCUGCUCUCCUCUCAGCCCAAAGGAGAGGCCAGGAUAGAACAUGCCUUUGCUGAUGACCGAUACAGUGCUGUAAAGAUCCGGCCCACAGAGGGAGACGUCUACUUUGACAUGGUUGCCGUGGUAGACCCCGUAACCAGGGACGCCCAGAAACUAGCCCCGCUCCUAUUGGUAUUGAAGAAGCUGGUCAAUGUGAACCUGCGUGUGUUUAUGAACUGCCAGUCCAAACUCUCAGACCUGCCUCUUAAAAGUUUCUACCGGUAUGUGUUGGAGCCUGAGGUGUUGUUCCAGACUGACGGUAGUUUCUCCCCUGGUCCCCUGGCUAAGUUCCUGGACAUGCCUCAAACUCCCCUCUUCACACUCAACCUCAACACCCCUGAGAGCUGGAUGGUGGAGUCUAUACGCACUCGAUAUGACCUGGACAAUAUCUACCUGGAAGAGGUGGACAGUAUAGUAGCAGCAGAAUACGAGUUGGAACAUCUGCUGCUGGAGGGUCACUGUUUUGACGUGAGUACAGGUCAGCCCCCCAGAGGACUCCAGUUCACCCUGGGAACCCCCUCCGACCCUGUCAUCGUCGACACCAUCGUCAUGGCCAACCUGGGUUAUUUCCAGUUGAAGGCUAACCCAGGAGCCUGGAUCCUGAAGCUGAGGAAAGGACGGUCUGACGAAAUCUACAAGAUCUACAGUCACGAUGGAACAGACUCUCCAGCAGACGCUGAUGACCUCGUCGUGGUGCUGAACAACUUCAAGAGCCGGAUCAUCAAAGUCAAGGUCCAGAAGAGGCCAGAGAAGUUCAGUGAGGAGCUGUUGAGUGAUGGAACCCAGGAGAACGACUCAGGCUUCUGGGAGUCACUCACUAGAGGGUUUACAGGAGGUGUGAAGACGGAGGAGAGUAAACAGGAGAAGGAUGAUGUCAUCAACAUCUUCUCUGUGGCCUCUGGACACCUCUACGAACGUUUCCUCAGGAUCAUGAUGUUGUCUGUUCUAAAGAACACCAAAACACCAGUCAAGUUCUGGUUCCUCAAAAACUACCUGUCCCCGGCAUUUAAGGAGUUUAURCCGUACAUGGCAGAGCAGUAUGGRUUCCAGUAUGAACUAGUCCAGUAUAAGUGGCCGCGGUGGUUACACCAGCAGACCGAGAAACAGAGGAUCAUCUGGGGUUACAAGAUCCUCUUCCUGGAUGUCCUGUUCCCUCUGUCCGUCGACAAGUUCUUAUUCGUGGAUGCAGAUCAGAUAGUGCGUACCGACCUGAAGGAGCUCCGUGACUUUGACCUUGAAGGAGCGCCGUAUGGAUACACACCGUUCUGUGAGAGCCGGAGAGAGAUGGACGGUUUCCGCUUCUGGAAGUCCGGCUACUGGGCGAGUCACCUCGCUGGACGCAAAUAUCACAUCAGAUGAUACACAUACAGAGUUGUGAGACCAGUGGAUGGAAUAUGUGGCUGUAGCAGCAACAAAAGAUGGAACCAUGUUAAUAGACAAUGCUGUUCUCCUUUGGAACAGUAAUGAUAGACGGACUGCAAACCAAUACUCAUUCAAUCAUUAAUUUUCCAUUUAUUUGUAUUUUCUCUGUUGUGAGAGUGGCGAGGAUACGGGAAGGGGUGCUGGGUGGGGAUGAUAUGGGGUGACUGUUAGUGGAUGGUGUGGGUCUGUGAAAAAUCUGACUAUUCCAACAGUUCCCACCUCCAAUAUUUUUGAUCCAUCUGUGUUUGCACUGAUUAGGACACCUUAUUAAACAACUGUCUGUGGGUAGAGGUUUGGGCUUAGGAGUUAAAUCACACUGAUAAAUAGCAGCUUAUGUUAUGAGAUGAGAGUUUUGUCCUGUUCUAUGCCUUCUGUUUCUGUGCUUUAGACUUCAGUUGUCCAUGGCCUGUGUCAAACUCAGGGAAAGGUGGUUUUGGCCAAUCAAUCUGAUUUCAAUCUCCUAAUGACAAUACAAAGAGGACUGGAGGAACAUUUUAUUUAAUGUGAAACAGACAUUAGUUCUGUCAUGUAGUAAAAUAGGGAUUCAUAUCUCUACAAUACAUUUUAUCUGCAACAUUCAGAACAUUGCAUCCUUGUGAGCAUGAUGUGGAGUUAAGGGAUGUGUGGGUGAGGACUGGUGGGGACAUAUCAGCGACAGACGGCACUGGGAGUUCCGUGAUCACUCAAAUUGAUUUUAACAGCGACUUGAAAGGCAGCAGGCAUAUGACUAGAAUGUUGCAGUUCAGGGUGGCCAAUCUUAUCCACAAAAGGUCUGUGGGUGCAGGUAUUUUUUUCUAGCAACACACCCAUUUCAUCUAGUCAGUCUUUAAAGAAGAUGAUGAUUAAUGGGCUUGUUGAAUCAGACUGUUUGACUGGAACAAAAGCCUGGGUCAGAUAGGCCACCCCUGCUGUAGUUAACUCCUGUUUUCUCCGCUGUGGUCUGUUCUGGAGUAAACACUGUUAGUCAUCCAUUGCCAACCGCUGGCUGUUUCCGUUCUUUAUUUUGGCUAAAUAUGUACUGUUAAUUGUGGGAAAUCAUUAUUUUGUAAUAAAAAUCAAGGAACACAACACUGGUCGUUUAGUGACCCCGAUCCCUC